AUGGGUUGGCUGCUCCUCAGCGUCGCGGAGACAUUCGUGAGGGCGCCUGAGGAGUUAGAUUGGCUACAUUGUAUCGUGUCAGGUCUCAACCUUCUCUACACUCGCAGUUGGGUCCAUGCGCCUCACGGCCCUCCAAGCGCCACUCAGCGCAAGGCCCUCGAUAAUCUUCUCUAUGAUGUCAGAGUCUUUCGUGAGCAGUGCGCUGGCCUGAUCCCUGACAUCGACUGGGACGCCGACCUUUGCUCCGCCGCCACUUCCUACGACGGCGAGGAGUUGUUCCCUGCCGAGCCCCUUGACCGUGAUCGUUUGCUCGAAGCCCUGCCUCCUCGAGAGGCGUGCGCUGCCGUGAGGGCCGUUGAUGUGACAGAGGGUUGGAUCAGAGCUGCCCUCUCCGAUCCAGGUGUCAUCCUGAAGGACGAGUCGGAGCUUGGCAGCUUGCCCCCCGCUCCGAAGGUCUGGGCCUCGAACGAGGAAUGGGAGCUUAUCGCUGGCGACCUACUCGAGAGGGGGAUUCUCAAGACGAUCGAGUACGAGGACAUCGUGGAGGUUCAAGGGCGAAAAAUGAUGGGGGGCAUGUUCGGCGUGAAGAAGGGAUCCCACUUGAAGGGCGAGGGGCCGCAGCGGCUGGUGAUGAACAUCACCCCCUCCAACUUCAUCCAGAAUACGAUCGAGGGCGACAUGCCGAUGCUGCCCCACAGCGACAAGUGGAAGAGCGUGAUCCUCAGGUCUGGAGAGGUGAUGCUCUGGAGUGCGGAGGAUCUAAAGUGCUGCUUCUACGUGUACAGCCUCGGCGAUGUGUGGCUGAAAUACAUGGCCAUCUCAAAGCCCGUGAGGAGGUGCGUCGCUGGGCUUUCAGGCAAGGGCAUGAUAUACCUGGCCGCCGCCGUCGUACCCAUGGGAUGGAUAUCGGCAACCGGGGUGAUUCAGCACAUCCACCGUCGCCUUCUUCGAGCCCGGCAUCCUGAGCUACGGCAACUCUCGGCGUCGGAGGAGCUGCGCAAGGACGCUCCUAUUCCUCCUGCUCGCCGAGGUGGCUCUCACAUCUCAGGAGUGGCUCCUGUCCGUGGUGAGGUCGGCCGCACUUAUGAUGACGACAAGCGGACGAUCUACAUCGGGCGCGGCUCCAGCCCACUACAGCUUGCUCCAUCGAAGUGGGGCAACCCGUUCCGCAUUCGGGAUGGUCUGGACAGGAGGCGGGCCAUCGAGCUAUUCGCAGAGCACCUGGAGAAGUCGCCCGACCUUCUGGCCGACUUAUCUUCUCUGAGUGGUGUUCGGCUGCUUUGCCACUGCAAGGAGCACCAGGCCUGCCACGGCGAUGUUCUGAUCGCGAAGUGGUUGGAGCGCUUCAACACGCCAGCCCUCUGGAGGGCCUGGCAGGUGUACGUCGACAACUUGGACGUGCUGGAGAUCACCGACUGGUGGCACGCCAAGUCCCUGCAGGAGGAGGGGAUCAGCGAGGCGGUCGAUCUGGCCCGUCGGAGGUAUGAGCACUUCAACGUGCCAAGAAGCGAGAACAAGGCCGUCAUCUGCGAGACCACGACGCAGUCCCUCGGGGAGGCGAUCGAUGGGGAGCGCGGCACCAUCGGGCCGCCCGCAGAGUUCGUGCGACGGCUGAUCUCCCUCACCUUGGCGACUCUGCAAAGGCCCACAGUGACUCAGAAGUGGAUGCAGAUCCUGGCGGGCCGAUGGGUUCGGUACCUCCUGUUCAGGCGCGAGGCGAUGAUGUGCUUCACUCACUUGUGGCGAUUUUUGGUGAAGUUGCGUGGUGAUGCGAAGGUGCCGCGUAAGGUACGCGAGGAGCUGGCGUCGGCCUUAACGUUGCUCCCUUUGCUUCGCUGUGACCUGCGCGUGCCGAUCAGCGGGCUGGUGACGGUCUCGGAUGCCAGCAUGCAGCGUGGAGCCGUGUGUCGAGCUGUUCGCAUUCGGCCUGAUGGAGUGGCCGCUGCGAGAGCGGCCAGCCGAAGGCUGGUGACUGACUUCCGCGACGAGGUGGUGCUCCUGUCCUUGUUCGACGGCAUUGGUGGGGCUCGCCGCGCCCUGGACCUGUUGGGGCUCGCUCCCGCGCUGUUCGUGUCCGCCGAGAUCGACGCCGAGGCGAAGCGAGUGACCAAGUAUGCAUGGCCGGACGUGCUGGAAGCGGUGGCCAUCCGUGAACGAGUUCAGCAUGUGAAAUGGAUACUAGUGGUGGCCGGUAGCCCUUGCAGCGACCUGUCCCGCAUCAACGCUGAGCGCACUGGCCCUCAAGGGAGACGGUCACGUCUGUUCUACGAGGUAAGCCGCAUUGUGUCUCUUCUGCGCGAGGCGCUGGGUGAUUUCUGCACGGUGCUGUCCCUGGUUGAGAACGUGGCCUCCAUGGACUCGGAACCGCGACAGUUGAUGUCACAAUCCCUGGAAUGCGAACCUGUGUGCAUCUCAGCGGGUGAUGUCACACACUGCCAGCGUGAUCGCUUGUAUUGGAUCAAGGAGGAGCUGUUGACGCCAUGGCAGGGCGAGUCGUCUGUCAUGGACUCGGCGAAGCACGUCGUGAUCCCGGACGGGCCCGGUCCAGUUGAACGCUGGCUGGCCGCUGGGCUUCAGUGGCAGGGUGACGUUCAGGAGGACUUCCGCCUGCCCACCUUCCUGCGCUGUGUUCCUCGUCGUGCUCCAGGUCAAUUCCCGUCAGGUCUCGACAAGUGUGCAAGUCAUGAAGUCGAGCGUUGGCGCAGGUUCAACUACUGCUACGCGCCCUACCAGUUCCAGGACAUCAACUGUAUCGAGGAGCCUGACGGCAGCCGAAGGCCCCCCUCGAGUGUCGAGAGAGAGCUGCUGCUCGACUUCCUUCCAGGGCACACGAUCACGGCACGAGUGACUAGAGCGCGCAAGCUUGAGAAAGCUGAUCUGGAGUGUUGCCGGUGCGCUCUGCUUGGGAACAGCUUUCAGUGUGUGGUUGUCGCCUGGGUGCUGGCCCACUGGGCUCAGAGAGCAGGCUACCUGGCCGAGAUCCCCUCCGUCGGGCAGAUGCGUGAGACUGGAGGUGACGCCACCAUCGCCGAUGCCACAGUCAGCAUGGACCAGAUGGAUUGCGACGACGGUGUCUUGGUGCGCCAGCACGAUCUCGAGAGUGAGGAUGCCGCGCUGGACCCCAGCAUCAUCAUCGUGGAAGAGCUGGCCCGCCGUGCCGUGGCCAGAGGCAGCGACAUCAGGCUUGACACGUUCGAGGCGAUGCGGCCUGAUCUGUGGCCCAGGCGACCAGUCAGUGUGGCACGCUGGUCAUGGAAGGCCACCGCCAUCUGGGAUUGGAAGCACCCGUCCCGCAUCACGGACCUUGAG